AAGGACGGUAACGAGGGCGAUGAGAAGGGCGAGGCGAGAAAGGAGACCAGCUCGCCGGGCGGGCCUCGACUCGACCGGCCCGGCAUGACGGCCAAUCAGCUGGCGGUCAGCUUCUUGAUGUGGCUUCCGUUGACACGUCAUCUCUGCCAGACGCGAGAGCAGGGUCUGGUGAAACAGGUCGAAGAGGAGGUGAUGGUAACCGUGGCCGGCUUCCUCACGCUCUACCAACAGCGUGUGCACAACUACCUGGCCGGUUGGAGCACGACAGACGAGUUGGACUUUAAAGCCACCCCAAGUCCCAAUUAA